UCACGUGCUAUGACGCCGACUUCUGACUAAACAACAUCCUUACACAGCUCUCUGUAGCCCAUGUGUUUUCAUGCUUUGGGUUCAACGACCAGGACUUUGUGCCUACACUGCAUUCAUUACUUCUUAUCUCCAUUACUUCAUUUCCUAUCGACAAGUUCAGUAUAACAGCCAAACGUGCUUUCAGUGGUUCUCUUUGGUUGUUUCCUUCUCUGAACAGUUGAAUCCAAUUCCAUGGCAUCAUCUUUUUACACUAAUCAUCAACCAGAGGCUAAGCCUGCAAGUGCUUUUCAUGGAAUUGUAGCAACACUUCCAUCUACUUCUGCUGCAUCCACCCUGCCUUAUGAUGUGUUCAUUAACCAUCGUGGUAUUGAUGUGAAACGCACGAUGGCCAGUACCAUUUACCAUACCCUCAGUAACAUAGGAUAUCAAGUAUUUCUGGAUGAGGAAAAGCUACAACUUGGGGACUAUCUGCCAGUAGCAAUUGAAGAAGCAGUGCGUAAAGCUUUACUCCAUAUAGCAAUUUUUUCCAAGAACUAUGCCCAAUCUCCCUGGUGUUUGGCAGAGUUGGCAUUGAUACUCGAAACGGGCACCAAAAUUAUCCCCGUCUUUUAUUAUGUUCAGCCUGAUGAUUUGCGAUGGGCAGUUAAAGGGAAAGGAAAAUAUGCUCAUUCGUUUUUUCAACAUGAAUUGAAGGGCAGAUACACCUUUGAACAGCUUCAGCGGUGGAAAAUGGCACUUCACAAAGCUUCAUUUUAUUCUGGCCACAUUAUUAAUAGUGACGAAGACGAAAGAAGGCUGUUGAAGACUAUUGUGAAUUGUGUAUUGAAUCUAAUAAGGAAAGUGCCAUUUGAAGUUGCCAAACAUCCAGUAGGUCUCAACGCAACAGUGGAAGAUUUUGAAAAGACUACACUUCAAUCUACCAGGGUUGAUCAGAGUGUACAAAUUGUGGGAAUAUGGGGCAUGGGUGGCUCUGGCAAGACCACUUUGGCAAAAGAUUUAUACAACAGAAGAUAUUCUUCCCUGGAGAGGUCCAGUUUCCUUUUUGAUGUUCGUGAUGCUGCUUCCAAAGGGCUGUUGCAUAACAAGCAAAUAAAACUCCUUGACGACCUUGGUAUCAAAGAUGAAACAUUAGACAAUAUUGAGCAAGGCAAGGGAAUUCUUGCAAGGCGUUUAAGAUCUGCUAGGGUUUUCAUUGUUCUUGAUGAUGUGGAUCACAUUAGCCAGCUGGAUGCACUUUUGCCACCACGAGGCAGCCUUGGAUGGGGCAGCCUCAUCAUUGUGACAACACGUGAAAGGGAAGUUCUCACAUGUUGGGGCAUCUCCUGUAUAUACAAAAUGAGAGCACUAAAUGAAAUUCAUGCCAAACAGCUUUUUUGUUGGCAUGCUUUUUUAAGACCCUGUCCAGUUGAGGGAUUUGAGAAGCUUGUUGAAAAAUUUGUCAAGGUUUGUGAUGGCUUACCGUUGUCACUCAGAGUAUUUGGAGCACAGCUAUAUGGCAAAUCCAACAAAGAUUAUUGGGAGAGUCAAUUACAAAAGAUUGUUAGAAUACUUCCAGCUGAUGUUAAAAAUAGGCUAAAAGUAAGUUACGAUGCCCUAGAUUAUGAGGAGAAAGAAGCAUUUUUGGAUGCAGCUUGUUUUUUUAUUGGAGAAGAGAAAAGUUUGGCAAUUGAAGUAUGGGAAGGAUCAAAGUGGAGUGGUCUGUGCAGUUUGGAAACGCUGGUGAACAGGUGUCUUCUUGAGGUAGAUGAAAUGGAUUGCAUAAAAAUGCAUGACCACUUCAGAGAUUUGGGAAGGGAAAUUUCAAGUCAACAGUCACCUUAUCGUCUUUGGCUUCCCCACCAGCUGACUGUUAAUUUUGAGAAACAUGUAGAAAAAAGAAUCAGCAUUCGAGGAAUAAUGACCACCUCAGCUCGAUUGCAGUGGAAUUCUUUGGCUAAAUAUAUGAUAGAAUACCGUGUUCGAGAAAUCGCCACAUUUCAGGAGGAGCUUGGGGAUUACUCCUCAUAUGAGGAGCUCAUGGUCAACAGAAGCCAAGGAAUCUCGACUCUAGUGCCUUUUUUAGCUGGACUAAAGAUUAUUGUGUUUAAAGGACCUAAUCUGAAUCAAUUAAUUAGUGAAGCAUCAAAAGAGCUGCUCUGGCUUCGCUGGUUUGAAAUUGGGCAGAGAAAUCUUCCAUCAAGGCCUUCACUGAAAAGUUUGAGGGUUUUAGAACUCUAUGAAGUGGUUGGAGGAGAUCAUCACUUAGAAGAGCUUUGGAAAGAUUCCAGCGAUGCUCCCAUUCAAUUAAGAGAGUUGGUUAUUUCUGGAUGCACCGAAUUUCAAAGAUUGCCAGAGUCAAUAGGAUCUCUCAAGCAUUUAAAAAAGAUAGUUGUCGAUGGCGGGCAGGGAGGAUCCAAAUUAUUGCACAAGUUGAAGAGUCUGCCAAGAGAGUUUUGCCUUCUUCAAUCGUUGGAGCACCUGGAGUUGAGGGGUUGUCAGCUAUCAUCAUUACCUGAUAGUUUUGGCGAUCUGAGCAACCUGCAGCAUCUAUAUUUGUCGGGAUGCAGGGAGUUGAGGAGGUUACCAGCCUCUUUUAAGAAGCUCACACUCCUACGACAUCUCCUCUUGGAAGGAUUCUACGAACUCACCAUGGAGUCAGACAUUAUGGAAGACAUGACAAAGCUGGAGAAUUUGAGCCUUUCUCACUGCACACAAUUGGAAGAGUUGCCAUGUCACAUUACAAAUCAGGCCUCCUUGACAGAGCUCCUUUUAUCUAAUACAUAUAGAUUAAGGGAGCUACCAGUCAACAUUGGUCAACUGAGCAAGUUGCGAGAGUUGCAUAUCGAGAGUGACUUAUUGACAAGCCUGCCAACAUCUCUUGGAGAUUUGUGCUCCUUGAAUAAUCUUACAAUUAUGGGUUGUAGAAGGCUGGAAUGUUUACCUGACUCUCUGGGGCGUCUUAAACUCUUAGAAAAUUUAGCACUAAGUUCCCUGGGAAUAAAGUCGCUACCAAAAUCAGUUGGCCAACUGGUUAGCCUUCGAGAGCUGAAAAUAUCUGGUUGCCCAGUCAGUGAAUUAGAACUUGGGGCAGGAUCAUCUCCUGGUUCGCUGUGCAACCUUGAGAAGAUCUCUAUAGAAAGAACUGAAUUAUCCAAGAUUUCCAUCUCUGAAGGUUGUUGUCCCAGCCUCAACACUCUCUACCUUUACCAUAAUGACCACUUAACAGAGAUACAAGUCCUCUCAAGUACAGUCAGGCACGUUACAUUGGCAUGCUGUGAAAAGGUGAGGAACAUAAGGGGCAUUGUUGAGCUGGUAAACAUUCAAACACUGUGCAUAGAAGACUGCCCCGAAAUGGAGAGCGAGAUAGAAAGUGAGAUGGAUGCACUUCCUAGUUUUCUAAAAUCAGCCUGGCUCAGAUAUAAAUGCAAGAGGAGUUGGUGGACGUUUCCCACAGUUCAAUGGGUAAACGGAUAAUAGCAAUUUAACUCUACAUUUCUAAAAUAUUAUUACAUUUAAAUCCAUACACUUAAACAUUGUAGAUGAAUCUUGUAAAAUAAAUAUUCUUUUAAGAGGAUCUGCAAUGGAAAUUUUAUCACAUAUCUUAUAAACAGUUCAAUUAAUUUUUUUA